AUGCGCAGUGACUGCAGCCCUAAGCUUCUUCUUUCUAGUUCAAAUCGUGUCUCCUUCGACCCUGACGUUUCCAAAAUGGAUAGCUUCGACGUGUCGGACAUGAACAACGCGGUCCAGGAGGUCGAGACCAACGGACAAACGAACGGUCACAGCAAGGUAAACGCUGAGGCUGCCUCCCUAGCUCGAUCCAAAGGUUGGGCUGCCCCAGAGACGUACGACUAUAGCAAGUACGUGGCUCCCGUCGGCCCUGCUGCUGGCCCUGACGGUCCUGCUGCCCCCGCUGCUGAUUCCGAGUUUGCGGGUGAGCCGCCAGCCGCAGAGGGCCUUCCUGAGUGGGCGGGAAAUGCUGCCAAAUACGAGUGGAGGGAUGAGUAUGGUGACGUCGGGCCUGAGAUUCCUGAGCUUGAGGAGAUGCUCUUCCGUAACGAGUUCAUCAACCGUACCGGUUUGAAAAUCAGCAACUUGCAAAACAUCGAGGUUGUUGCCGAAAGUAGGGAGCGUCCCAACCCUGUGAGAAACUUUGACGACGCUGGACUCCACCCGAUUAUGCGUGAGAACAUCAGGCUGUGUCGGUACGACGUUCCAACUCCAAUUCAAGCCUACUCCAUCCCCGCCGUGCUCACCGGGCAUGACCUGAUCGCCAUCGCUCAGACGGGCUCGGGAAAGACUGCGGCUUUCCUUAUCCCCGUGCUCUCUCAGUUGAUGGGUAAGGCAAAGAAGCUUGCUGCACCUCGCCCGAAUCUGGCUGCCGGAUUCAACCCUUCGACGGACGCUGUUCGUGCGGAACCGUUGGUGCUCAUCGUUGCUCCUACUCGCGAGUUGUCCACACAGAUCUUCGACGAAGCCCGUCGUCUGUGUUAUCGCUCUAUGCUGCGUCCCUGUGUCGCUUACGGUGGGGCCCCCGUUCGUGACCAGCGAGAGGAGCUUCAGAAGGGUUGUGAUAUCCUCAUCGCUACUCCCGGAAGGUUGCUGGACUUCAUGGGGCAGCCGCACGUCCUCUCACUUAGCCGCGUCAAAUACACCAUCAUCGACGAAGCAGACGAGCUUCUUCAGUCUGACUGGGAGGAUGACUUCAACCGUAUCAUGUCUGGUGGAGACACCAACGAGGAUGCGGACCAUCGUUACAUGAUGUUUUCUGCAACCUUCAACAAGGCUUGCCGUCAGCUAGCGCGCAAGUUCCUCACUGAAGACCAUGUUCGCGUCCGUAUCGGACGUCCUGGCAGUGCUCACAUUAACGUGGACCAGAACAUCAUCUACGCCGAAGACAGCUUGAAGAAGAAAUGUCUCUACGAUCUUCUUCUGUCUAUGCCUCCCUCGCGUACGUUGAUCUUCGUCAACACCAAGACCCAGGCGGACUUCUUAGAUGACUAUCUGUUCAAUAUGGGACUUCCGAGUACCUCCAUACACUCCGAUCGUACUCAGCGUGAGCGUGAAGAUGCCCUGCGUGCCUUCCGCACAGCCAGGUGCCCUAUUCUCGUUGCUACUGGCGUUUCUGCUCGCGGUCUGGAUAUCAAGAACGUGAUGCAUGUGAUCAACUUUGAUCUUCCUCGUGCCAUGAACGGGGGAGUCACCGAGUACGUUCACCGCAUUGGACGUACCGCUCGUAUCGGAAACGAGGGUCUUGCAACGUCAUUCUACAACGAGGAUAAAGAUGCGGAGCUUGCCCCGGACCUCGUCAAGAUCCUUAUGGAGAGCAAGCAGCGCGUUCCCGACUUCUUAGAGGCGUACAAGCCCAUGGAGGAAGCCGUGACCUUCAACGACGAUACAGACGACGAGGAUGAGAACGGUGAUGACAACGCAAACGGUGGCGCUUGGGGAGGUAUCCAAAUGGGCGACAGCAACGAGGUUCCUAGCUCGAACUGGGGCGCCGCUACUGACAGCGCCUGGGGAGAACCUCCGGAAGCUACUGGUGAACCCAACGUCGGUGGCGCCAGCUGGGACUAA